AUGGAAAUGAUAGUUCGAUCAUUAUUCCUAUUCGUUUUCAUACCAGUUAUCAAUAGCUACUGGUUUGUUCAAAAUCGCUAUACAGGCUCAUUACAGGAAGGAGAGGUAAACGUUGUGAGAUAUCAACAAUCUUACACGGAGACUUAUUACGUAAAAUGCCAUUUCUGGCACAUGGGCAGAUGCACGCGAUAUAGAACAGAGUAUUACCCUAGUCUACGGUGUAAACCAGGUUAUAGAAGUUACUAUGAUUAUCCCCGGGGAUGCAAAAAUGCAAUAUGCAACGGACAAAUAACCAAAACUGGAGCGUGCGCUAACUCGAAGCGGAUCCUAACUAGAAAAGGAGUAUACAGAACUGAGAUUAGUCAAGGUGAAUGUGUCUUACCAGAAAAGUGCAGUUGUAAAUCAAAUAACUUCUAUGGCGAUGGAGCUUUUUGCAAAGAAUGCCCAGCAAUCCAACAUUGUCAUGAAUCACAGUGUACAAAAGUUACUGACAAUAUAUGUGUGUACUGUGACGGAGAGGUGGAAGACAGGGAAUUCUUCAGAGCUUACACAAGGAAACCAAGCAGCGGCAAACUCUGCGAGCAGGCUUGUUCCUGGAGACCUGAUAGUACUCGAUGUUUUCCUGGACGAUGUGACAAAGAAUUGGCUUCUAAUUGUAAAUGUAUACAAGGCUUUGCUGGUCAUCAUUGUGAAAUAAUGCAAGAUUAUGCGACCAUCAAAUACAGCCUCUGUACUUUAAAAAUGGACGACGUUUACAUGCUAGACAACCCAAAAGACCCGAAUGCGUUGAACUCUACAGAAAUUAUUUGGACCAAGGAAACAUACUGGAAAACUGCCAAGACGAAAUGGGAUGGGAUGUAUGUCCUAAAAGAAUCCAUUGUCAAGAAGGAUGACCAUUAUGUAAAAGAAUUUAAAUAUGGCAUCGUUCACGCAAGUUCCUCUUUAGAAUAUAUAUCGGGAGCACCUGAUACAGAUGGAAACGUGACAGAAUUCAACGUCAUUAAUCUGGAAUAUGAAUGUCCUGGGCCAAGCAACAACGAUCCAAUCUCGUCGUCUUUCAUAUGUGAAAAAACUUUUGAACUGGAAAACAUAAUGACAUUUCAACACAACGACACGUUGCUUUUUAAAAUCCAUGCUUCAAUUGGUGGCUAUGUUAAAAUACUAAACCGAGAGCAAAAGGACAAAGAAGAACGACAUGACUUUAAAGGAACAACAAAGGAAAUUAUUUUUACUUACCGAUGGGACACAGAAUUACCCUAUCACUGUAUACAGGAAAUCAACAAAACAGACUGUCCAGAUUUCUUCACUGCACCAGACCUGACAGAAACUCCUACCUUCCUAGCAUCUUGGGAUGGAUGGACUGAUGAUCUUGCAGGUCUUCACAUAUUCGAAUAUGAAGUCUACGAACUAAUUACUUUACAUUCCAGUUUACAAGAAGCCACUCGUUUAAAAACAGGAAAUGUAUCACAAGUUUAUAAUUCACUUAACAUUACACUGAGUAAUCCAGGAAUGUAUGCAAUACAUUUUACUGCUGUCGAUAAAGCAAAAAAUGUCAAGACUUCCAGAAAACUGGUUUUCUUCGAUGACAUAUCCAAAGUUACAUUUAAGGACGGAAAAGUGAGUAGGGUAGAGACUGCCACCGCAAAUACCAAUUUUACAUGGGUAAUUCAAGACACAAACGUGGUUCUGGUGACGUGGAGAGAUAGGUUUCGGAAUCAAAGGCAUGAAAGCAACAGGUGGCUGAAUGCAGUAAAGCCCUACAGAAAUAUAGAGGAUCUUUACGAUGAUCACACUGGUAAACGAAGCAUCGAGGAGGUGCCAAAUGUACACGGUUGUGUUGACUUCUUGGUUUCUUUUAUAAUUAAAAAUAAAACUGGAAUAAAGACUUCCAAAAAUUUUACUAACGUCCAUGAUAUUGAAGACGAAUCGGAAUUUCUAACUUUGAACUGGACUGAUGGUGAUAAAGCCGAUAUAACUGUUCGAGCUGUGGAUAUAUUUGAUAAGUUUCUAGACGAGACGGUGACAAUUUACCGUGAUGCAUCGCCUCCACACAUAGAAAACUUAUGGUUAACUCGGGGAGAUAGAUUAAAUAUCAGCGUUCACAACAUGGAAGAUUUUGCAAAGAUGACAAUCGAGUGGAUUGCAUAUGACUUCCAUAGUGGACUUCAAAGCAUAUCUUGGAGAUUGUUUGAUAACUACACGGGAGAAAGUGUUCUUCAUGGUCAUGAUGAUAUACCAGUACAAGGCAUGGCAAAGGACCUAGACGAUUGUAACCAGAAAUAUAGCAACUACAGCAGAGGGCCAAACUGCUACCAGACACCCUUUUUUGGGGCAUAUCACAAGCAUUUCCAAGUGCAGCCAAGCAUUAAGGUCCAUGGAGGACUUCUUAUUGGAAAAGAUCUCGGAGUUCAUGACAGCGACUAUUACCUGGAAAUUAAUGCCACAAACACAGCACUUUUGUCGACAGUGUUGACUAAAAAGAUAACAAUCGACACAUCACCUCCUCAUGCUGGUUUCGUCCAAGAUGGCAUCAAAGGUUCAGGGGAGGUUGAUUUUCAACAAAGUAAGAUCUUGCACGCUUACUGGGAUGGUUUCUUUGACAGAGAGAGUGGUGUACUGUUUUAUCAAUACGCAUUUAGUCGUCAGCCAUUACAUUCUUCGGAAUUCAGACUUGAUUCAGGAAACACAAUGCUUGUCGAAACCUACUCUCUUCAUGCUACUCUCAAUGUAUCUAACGAAGGAACGUACUAUGCAUGUGUAGUAGCCUACAAUAGAGCAUUGGAACCAUCCAAGUCUGUGUGCUCCGAUGGAGUAACCAUAACAACUGCAGUUCCUAAGGUUAGAGAGGUCUAUAUCUCAAAUGCCUACAUCCGAGGCGGUUUGAUUACUGACGUCAAUCAAACAAUUUUUUGGGAAGUAAACAACGCGAGGUACCGUCGAAGAAUCACUGCACCUACAACAGAUUGCAGAAACAAGGCCAGUACUGUAGCUGAUAUAGAUCUUUUACCAAUCCUCUACCGAAAAAAUGGGUCCAUUGAUGAGGUCCAAGGUCUUUUGUUCUGCGGAAAUACGACUAGUGCUUCACCUACCCUGAAUCCAAUACUAGCUAAAGCAUCCCAUGUAACUCUUUCAUGGUCUGCGGACAAUACAAGCGUUCAUGAUUAUGAGGUGGGUCUUUCGUCAACUUCUAGAAGUUCUGCUCCGGACAUCAUGGCUUUCAGAUCCACCAAACAACACCGGCGUAUCCACAUUAUGCAUACAGACAUACCAGAGGGAACGCCUUUCUACAUUGUAAUCAAGUCUAUCAGUAAGGCAAAUGUUGAAGGAUUGCAGUAUAUCGGACCAUGUUAUCUAGACACAACAGGUCCAGAAUUUACACCUCCAAUUCGAGUAUCGCACUCAAAAGGGUAUUUGGUGGCUACCUGGAACCAUGCAGCGUUUAUGGACGCUGAAGAUCCCUAUCCACUUCUAUUACAGUUUGCUGUUGGACAUCAUCCAAGAAGUUCUGCGGUCCAGAAAUACUUAUUACUGAAUGGUGGUGGUCCUUGUAACAUUUCUGUCCCACCAACAUGUACGUCUAUCAACAUUUCAACGACUGACUGGGGAUUCCAUGGAAAUCAUACGUAUUAUAUAACGGUAAAAGCAGAAAAUGUGGCCGGCCUAACAACUUAUGGAGUAUCCGAACCCUACCUCCAUAAUGUACAACUACCGUCAAAAGGGAUUGUUAUGGAUAUUGUGGAGAAUGAACAAGAAGGCUCCAUUGUCGAUACGGAAGACAUUGACUUUACCUCCAAAACUACAAGCCUCUCUGCCCACUGGACUGGGUUCUUCCACACCUAUCUUGACCUUGAGUACUUCUUCCGUGCUGGAACAACUCCUGGAGGCAAUGACAUAUUCCCACAAACCAACGUUGGUAGAAAUUCUUCAUAUACAGCAACAGGAUUAAACCUAACCUUUUUUAACAAAUACUACGUUACUAUAACUUCAAACACUUCUGCUGGUAGUGUUGAGGCCUCAUCCGAUGGCGUUAUCGUUGUCAAGGAAAAUGGGUCAUUCAGCGGGAUCGUUGUUUAUGAUGGAGAACCUUGUAUCAUUUCAGAGGAAAACGUCUCCUUUACUCACCAUGACGAAGACAAUAGGUUACCGUGUCUUGAAGACAAUGAUUACCAGUCAUCAACUGAUAUACUCAGUGCACACUGGAAAAUUCCUCAAAAUGUCACCAUAUUUGCGCCAGAUGUGUUUAUUUUGUUAGAAGUUAUGUCUUCAUUAAAUAGUAGAUGGGAGGUUUUUAGAGAUUUUAUGUAUAUCUUUGGACGUAAAGAGAUAAAGCGCACUCGAUUGAUGCUUAGUCCAGGCAUGAAAUACCGUGCUGUUUUAAAACUUUGUGCUAGCGAGAUCUGUUACAAACCUGUGUUCAGUGACGGCGUAACGGUUCUCGCUAAUCCACCAGUUACCGGCGAUAUCAAAGUACACCACCUCAACUCCUCAGAUGUUAAUAAAGAGCAGCUUAAUGUAAAGAUGGACAGAUUUUAUGAUCCAGAUAUCCAGAAUUUUAACGACAAGUAUGAUGCGGUGGACAAAUAUGAAUGGGCUAUUACAGACCAAUCCAAAAUAGGACGGACACAUACACAGUGGAAAAAACUUAAUAAUAUUACGAUUUCCUUGUCUAAAACAGAGAUUACAUUUACACUUGACUUGGAAGGAAAAUUUGAUUUCUCCAAAUGUCGCGGCCUUGCCAUCCGUGGUUAUAACAAAGCCAAGUUGUAUUCCACUGUUUAUUCGCACAUUAAAGAUUGUGAGGCAUUCGACCCCGUUCUUAUCAAACCAAAGGUGGUCAUAGACGCAGUUGGAAAACCGGACCCUGAUAGAGACGGAUACGGGGAUCCAAUCAUUUUGGAAACAAAUGCUCACUGGCCUUAUCCUGAUCAAGAUUAUACACCAAAUAUGAACUACAUAUCUGCAGUGUGGCCAAAGCUCCGAUAUGAUUUUUACACCGUAGCAGUUUUGAAUGCCAGAAGCAUUGAUGUCACAACAUAUUACCUGCCAACAAAUACUCUUUCUCUAUCGGAUCCAUGCACGCAUCCUGAUGCAAUCAAAUGCUCUACCACAGAAAACGAAUUCAUUAACUUCAAAUUUAAAAGAGGCGAACUCGUUCAUGGACAACGUUAUAUAGUUUGUAUUCACGCAAAAAAUACAAGUAAGAUAUACGAGGAAUGGACAGAGGUACUUCCUGAAAUUAAUAAGUGUAGCGAUGGAGUUGUUCUUGAUCUAACCCCUCCGGUGGCAGGAAAUGUUUGGAUUGGCACAAAGCAGGGACAAGAGUACCAGUCUUCGAGUUCUGUUCUGUAUAUCAACUGGGAUUCGUUCCAAGACGUUGAGGACUUUAAAACAAUAUCUCAUGCUUCUGGGAUACAAAACUACAGACUUGGAAUAGGUACAUCUGCCGGAGGAAAUGAUGUGGUUGCAUUUUUUGAUGUUGGGGUUGUCAACCAUAAGGCAAUUCACGGCUUAUCAUUAAUCAAUGGGCAAAGCUAUUAUGCAACCCUUUCUGGUACGGACUUUGCAAACAGAACCACAAUCAAGACAUCUCUACCAAUGAUCGUUGACAUUACUCCACCUAAGAAAUCUGAUGAACCUAUUACUAUAGGGAACAGGCACAUAACUUCUGAUACCGAAAUAGCGGCCUGCUGGAAAAAUGUAUUCCAUGAUCCUGAAAGUGAAAUUUCCUAUUACGAAUGGUCAAUCGGUUCCAAACCGGGGUAUGACGACGUGAUGAAUUUCACUCGUACGUACAUGGAUUGCUCCGAAAAUAAUGAAAUUGGUCGUCUUCAACUUAAAGAGGGACAUGCCUACUUUAUAUCGGUCAAGGCAGUAAAUAAUGCUGGCUUAAUGUCAAUAGCAACUUCUUGGGCAUAUACCGUAGAUUUAACCCCUCCCACUACUGGCCAUGUUUUAGACAUCAACCCGAAAGGAAAGGAAGUGCUUGACAUCGAUUUUCAAACAGAGACCUCUAAAUUGUUCAUUAUAUGGGAGGGAUUCUAUGAUCCUCACUCCUCAAUUAAUGAAUACCUGGUCAGUAUCGGAUCAUGUUCUAGGUGUGAGGAUGUAUUGGUUGAGCAAAGUGUUGGAGUUAAAACUGAAUUGUUGAUUGAUAAUGUGCAUCUUGGAGUCGGUAUAACCUAUUACACAACUGUAAUGGCUUGUAAUUCGGCGGGCCUCUGCAGUGAAGCUACCUCGGACGGAGUAAUCAUUGACAACAGCCCUCCAAGUAUGGGCCGAGUUAUAGACGGAACAGACUUACAAGAUAUUGAAUAUCAGUCGGCAAGAAAUUUCAUCAGUGCACGGUGGUUGGGGUUCAAUGAUCCUCAAUCAGGACUUUCUCACUUUGUUUGGUGGGUUGGAACAACUCCAGGAGGAGAUGAAAUUCUUCUAGAGAGAGAAGGACAUAUAGCAGAAGUGGCAAUAGCUUUGAAUAUCACUCCAUUAAUGCCUGUUGGAAAGCGCCUCCAUAUCUCAGUUAGAGCUUACAAUAAUGCAGGAUUAUAUACAGAGGCAACAUCCAACGGGUUCUUAAUAGAUAAUUCUCCUCCGGUGAUAUCCAGAGGUCCAGUCUUUUCAAAAGACUUUGGAGUGAAAGAUAAUACACAGUUUUACAGAACUUUAAUGAAAGUCGAUUGGGAUGUUAGUGAUCCUGAGUCUAAUAUAGAAAGACAGUAUAUAUCUCUACAAUCUCAUAUGGGAGGAGAUUUUGAUCUUUCUUCAACACAAAUUAAUGGAAUAGCCAGGGACUUUGUUAUAACUGGAUUAAAUUUGCAUGAUGGAGUUACAUAUUUUAUCACCAUUGUAUCAUGUAAUGGAGCCAAAAUCUGUUCUACUAGUAAUUCACCUGGAAUUUUGGUUGACAGCACACCACCAAAUAGAGGUAUGUUUGCUAUAAAAACCGAUCAUGCAGCAGAGCUACACCGUCAUCUGAAUGAUUCUAUGACGUGGACCAAAUACACAUUAAACCUAGCUUGGCUUGGAUUUGCUGAUAUACAUUCUGAUGUUCUUUAUUAUUUUAUAAAUGUUGGAUCAUACUAUAUGGGGGCUGAUUUAAACAAUGAACCAGGACUUUCAGAGAGGGUAAAUCACACAACAACAGGCGCAGAUAGAUUUGAUGAAGGAAAAGUUCAGACAUCAAGAAUUAAAACAACUAAACUUGGUCCAGAAAUAACACAUGUAUAUGUCAGCAUGUGGGCUGUAAACAAGGUCGGAUUAUCGAGUUCUAUAAUUCAUUCAAAAUUCAGAAAGUUGCCAGACGGCAGCCUGUUCCUUGUAAGAAGGUGCGAGGCUGCAACAUGUAAAGGUCAUUGCGUUUGUGCACCACAAGACCAAGUCUGUCAUCAUAACAAUGAAACGUCAUGCAGUGAUGUAUCUAGCAGAAACACUAACAAUUUGCUACAAGUGAUAGAUGUUAUGUCCAGUCAAAUUGACAUAGAUUAUACACCAAGUAACACACUUUUGCAAGGUCGAUGGAGAAUUGUUCAACGACAAGGAAAAGUGCCACUCUGGUACGAAUGGAGUGUAGGACUAACACAAAAUAACCAGCCAACUGGAAUAUUUCAUCAAGAAAUUGAUCGUGUUUGGCAAGAUGCUGGGCAAAAUAAUUUAAUGAUUUUCUCAACAAAUCCAGGCUUCAUUUUGGAAGAGGACGAAAAAUAUUCAGUUUUUGUUAGGGCAUGGUAUAGUCACACCUCCUUUGCCAUCUUUAAGUCUAAUGGUGUUACUGUCGUUACUGGAACGCCAUCCGUGACCAAUGUACUUGGAAGUGCCGUAUGUGAGAGGAUGAUGGAUAGCAAGUUUAAAGAUCAAGAUUUUAUCCUAGAUGGCGUGUCUUUUGUGGUUGAUUGGAAAAAUAAAUUUGUAGAUGCGGAGAACAUUAUUCGAUCGUUUCAGCUUUAUAUCAGCACACAUCGAGAAGGUCAUGACAUUUGGGAAGGAAGCAAAACUUUACAAAGUACUCAAACAUCAUAUCGCGUCAGGAGAAUUUCACUGAUCCCUGGUGUUCAGUACUACAGCAAUGUUAUUGCUUACGGAUUAUCUGGGAUCCAUCAUACAGAAGUAUCAGAUGGAUUUAUCGUGGACAAUGUAAAGCCAACAGCAGGGGUAGUUUAUGAUGGAAUAGGUUUACAUGAUCUUCAAUAUCAAAAUAUAUCAAAUGUUGUCGGUGCAAGAUGGCAUGGGUUUGCAGACACGGGAUCUGGAAUCUUUCAGUAUUACUGGUGUGUUGGAAUGUCUCCUGCUCUUAGCGAAGAACACUCAAAAACGGAAUGUAAUGUCCAAGAAUGGUACAGAAUUGGAAUGCACACAUACAUCUCAAGGACACUAUCUCAAAACCUCACAAACGGACAAACCCUAUAUAACAAGGUAUAUGCCAUUGAUACCGUGAAUUCCAAGUCGUCAAUUGCAGUUUCAAAUGGAGUAGUUAUUGACAUUACACCUCCGCAACCACAAUAUCUGUUUCAUGAGGAUAAUAAUCUAGCGAAAAAUCCAUCUUUUGAAAACUCAGAGAAAAACAUUUCCAUAAACAAUAUAAAUCAUACGAAUGUUUGUUUACUGAACUCAGACUACCUUCCUCACAACUGGACUCUAACACCUGAAAGCUGUGGAGUUGUUGUAUCUACAAAUAAAAACUUAGCAAAGAGUGGGAAGUCAUUUCUUUAUGUAAGAGGGAGUAUUACACAAAACAUCAGUAGACUGAUCUCAAAAGAACUUUACCGAGUGAAUUUUUUCAGUAGUCAUUUACUUAUAUACAUAUCAAAAAUAUCAAGUAAAGAGGGAUUCAUAAAUAUUGGAAAAACAAAACACGUAUUUAUGCUGUACACUAAAGCAUAUCGACAGGACGAGCAUGGAAAGUCGAAAAAUAGAGAGAUUGUUUCCUGGCACAGACAUACUUUCUAUUUCAUUGCUCCAGACGAUUGGACUGUCUUGGAGAUAGGAAGUAAUGACAAGACCGGUUUAUUCUUGGAUGAUAUAACGCUACAAAGAGUUGAAAGAAAUAAUAUAAACAAAACGGAGGGUUCCCAUGUCAAUGCCCACGUGGUGUAUCUUCAUGAAUGGGGUUCCAUACAUGGAUCUUGGAGUUUUGUUGAAGAUAUAAGUGCUAUCAAAGAGUAUAAAUGGGCAAUUGGUUAUACAAAAGGUGGAACUCAACUGCAAGGCUUUAAAAGUGUUGGAAUCAGCAACUUUGCAUACAAUUCAAACGUAACUCUUGUUCAUAAAACAUACAUACAUGUAACAGCCCUAGCUAUCAAUACUGCAGGACUGCAAGGAAUUUCUUACUCGAAGCCAAUUAUUGUUGAUUUAACUCCACCAAUUAUUAGGAGCGUUAAUGAUGGCAGAUUGUUGAAUGUGGAUGAAGAUGCAUGGACAGACAAUGAGGUAGCUGUGAACUUUGACGUCGAGGAUGAAGAAUCCGGAAUCGAUUUUUGUGAAUGGGCAAUAGGAUUCCAACCACAAGGCAUCGAGUUGCAAAGCUUUGUUCGUUUAUCAGAAUCUUUGAGGACAGCCUUUACGGACUUUCCUUACAUUAAACUAGCUAACAGGACCUUGUUUUCUACAAUUCGUUGUCACAACCGUGCUGGACUGACAAGUUCCAGAUCCACGAAUGGAGUAAAGAUUUCUAUUCGUCAUCCUUCAAUUAGACAUGCUGAAAUCAAUAUUAUUCCGCUAUCUACUACAGAGUAUCCAGCCAAAAACCACUACCAAAGUGUAAUAAACAAUAUCAGGAUUCAGUGGAGCGGAUUCGAGGAUUACGUAGGCCUGGAUCAAUACAAGAUUACCUGUUCUAGUGGCAAUGACACAAUAGAAGAAAAGAUGUCGUUCCCAAAUGGGCAAGAUAUUUUGAGCGCGAACAUCAUCAACAUGAAUAUGUCACAGGGUUUGAAGAAUAUUUCAGUCCAAGCUAUAAAUAAAGUUCUGCUAAAAAGCAGAAAUGUCCAGUCUAACUUGACCAUUGCAAAUGGGAAACCAAAAAAAGGUAGGAGGACAACAUUUGUGCUUAACUGGCAUUCUGGGAAAAAUGAAUUCACAGUUUUCUGGGAAGGAAUUUUCUCCUCUCCGUACACUUUGUAUUAUGAAGUGUCAGCGGGCACCGUGGAAGGAGGAAGCGACAUUCUACAGUGGCAGGAGACCACAUCCACAAAUAUCACAUUUGGUCUCCCUCUGUCGGUCACAAACUGGUCAGGUCUACAUGCCCACAUCUUUGUAAGGGCCAUAAGUGUGGGAGGAGAAUUUGAUAACAUUAAAGGGUUUAUUAGGCUUCCGAAAUAA